UCUUACAGCACGGUUUCUAUACUACUACUAAGUCAAAUUUUGACAAAAUUUGUAGAUGCAUGAGUGUGUGUUUUUCUUGCUUUCAUUGGAUUUCACAAAAGGAUGGAUAUCUGGACAGCAGAGAAAAUUCUUCUUCUCAGUUUUCUGUUGAAAGGUGUUCGGGGUAGAGAUUUCAGCAUCAGUCUGCCAAAGAAGAUUAAAGCUCUCAGUGGAUCCUGUGUGAUUAUAAAGUGCACACUUGAGAUUAAGGACAAGUUUGACAAAGACCUCACUAAAAGAGCUACAGGAUGUUGGUAUAAAGAUGGGACUCAGUUUGAAAAAAUAGUUUUCAAUGCCAUGUCAAGCCAAAACUCCAUUAUUAGGGGAAAUAUAACUGGAAGAUUACAUGAGAAGAACUGUACCACCAUGUUUUAUGAUGUUAGAUCAAAUUACAGUGGUAAUUAUUACUUUAGGAUUGAGGGUGAAGGUGGAUUGAAAUGGACUUAUUCUGAAGAAUAUGUUCUGAUAGAAGUGAUUGAGUCUCCCCCCAAACCCACAGUGAAGCUGUAUGAGGAUCAGGAUCCGGAGGAGGUGUUGGAGGGGAGCUCUGUGAGUCUGCGCUGCUCUGCUGAGACUCUCUGCUCCUCUCCUCCACCAACUCUCACAUGGAGCUUCACUCCCAGAAUCCCCCUCAGUGAGAGCGGCGGACAACAGGAGCUCCUCGUCUCUGAUCUGAACUUCACUGCUACUCACCGUCACCACAGAGUCACUUUCACCUGCACUAUAACCUACCAGCUACAGGACAAGAACAAAACAGCACAGGACAACAUCACACUACAUGUUCAGUAUGCCCCUAAAAUCUCUCCCUCCUCCAGCUGUAACGGAACUGAUGUAACUGUGUGUUUCUGUGAGGGUGAUGGGAAUCCCUCUCCUGAACUGGAGUGGCAUCUGUCUGGACGUCCUGUCAGUAACUCUUCAAACACGUUCAUCAGUGAAGAGCGAUUGAACAGCACAGGCUUGAGGAGCUCCAUCACUCUACAUCAGUCACUCUCACACUCAUACACUCUGCAGUGUGUCGGUAACAACACUCAUGGCACUGCAAGAAAACUGUUUCAACUUAAUCUCUUCCCUCCAGAAAGAGAUGCACAUCUUUUCUCCAUCUCAAUUGGAGUUGCUGUUGGGGGUUCCCUGAUGAUGAUGUUGUGUAUCAUUAUAUAUUGUGCACGGAGAGAAAACAGCAGAUCCUCACAGACAAAACAAGAAGGUACUACUGGAAUCAUUAUGAGUGAUAGGGCUAUUCAACAAGAGGGCGAGAGUGAGUCUGUUUAUGCCAAUCAUUUCAUGCUGUCAUCUGCUGAAGAUGCUACACUGAAUCGUCAAGAAUCCCUCCAUUACGCCUCCAUUGACUUCAGAAACAUCCAACCAGAGUCGGAAGAAAUCAGGGGUAUCUCCUCGCUGACCACUGACUAUGCUGUUAUCCAUUAUUCUGGUGAAUUGGUGGAGACAAAAGGCUCUGUGGGAGGUGAUUAAGCCAACAGCAACAUCUCAGCUUUGAAGUCCCAGAAAGAUUGAACUGUACCAGACACAGGGACAAAUAUCAGAAGAUACAUAUGAAGAAACUUCACCCAUCCUAAGACUUUU